UUUUUGAGAUUUGCCGUCAGAAAAAAGGGAAAAAUUACUAUUGUUCUUAAUAAAAUAAUGGAAUAAUAAGAGUAGAGAAUAAAUAAACAUGAAAAAGAACACCACGUUACUCUGUGUUCCUUCCUUUUCUGCUUAACCUAUUAAAAAAACUAUAUAUAAUAUAAUUAAACGCACCAAAAGAAACUCUUCUCUCUGUAAAGCUUGACAUCGUUCAUUCAUCAGCCAUGAAAAUAAAGAAGAAAGGUCAAGUCCACCCAUCUCCUCCUCUUCCUUCAUUUCCUUCUUCUUCAUCCAAAGUAGACAACUGUCUCUCUGUCCUGAAGCUUCUCCCUGCUGUGAUUCUCCUUCUCCUCUCCUCUCUCUCUCCCGAAGACAAGCAAGUCCUUGCUUACUUAAUCACCCGUUCACUCAAAACCACCACCACCACCACCCCCGCCGUAUCCUCCGGGAGAAGAAGAAGCUCUUCUGGUUCGAAGAACAAGAAAGCUAGGACUCAUCGUAAAGCUCCGGUUUUCGACUGUGAAUGUUUCGAAUGCUACACGAGCUACUGGUUCAGGUGGGACUCCUCGCCUAACCGUGAGCUCAUCCACCAGAUCAUCGAAGCCUACGAAGACCAUCUAGCCAAGAGCGAGAAGUCAAGCGGCAGAGGAGGAAAAAAGAAGGAGAAAUCACGUAGUCGCCGGGUCGUGGAGCGACCCGAAGAACCGGUGGAGCCUGUAGAUGAAGUUAAGCCUGAGGAGUCACCGGAAAUGUUGAGGUUUCCGGUGACUGCGGGGACUAGGCACAGGGGCUUGGCGAGGAAGGUGUUACCGGACGUGCUGGGUUUAUUCAAUUGGCGUUUUUGGAGGCUUUGGAAUCCGAAUGCGUGAGGCAUCUCGCUUCAAAAAUAAAAAGCUCCUUUCGAAAUUUCUAAACAAAUGCUUUGUUCUUGGAAUCCAUUAAACAAAGCUAAAUGCUUAUAAUAAUAUGAAAUAUUGAUACAAGUCUUUACCUAGUUGUGUUGAAACUGUAUAAUGAUUCUCUUCAUGGUUUGCA